AUGAAUGUUGAUUAUACUCUCUAUUUGGUCACCGACUCGACUAUGGUUCCUGAAUCAUCCACUUUCUUGAAACAAGUGGAAGACUCAAUCAAUGCUGGUGCCACUAUUGUUCAAUUGCGUGAAAAGUCGAUAUCUACCCUUGAUUUUAUUGAACGGGCGCAAAAAGUUCAUGAACUCACCAAAAAAAAGAACAUUCCUUUAAUCAUUAACGACAGAAUUGACGUGGCUCUCGUUGUGGAUGCUGAAGGUGUCCAUGUGGGUCAAGAUGAUAUGCCAGCCAAGCUUGCAAGACAACUCUUGGGUCCUAAUAAAAUUAUUGGUGUCACUUGUUCGAAUCCUAGUGAAGUGCAACAAGUGUGUGAUGAAGAUGUGGCCGAUUACGUGGGGAUUGGUACUGUUUAUAAGACAUUGACAAAGACUGAUACCAAGACGCCCAUGGGAACAGGACCAAUUGGAAUCCGGAAAAUGUUGCAAACGUUGAAGACAAGAAAUACUAACCGACAACCCAUCAAGUGUGUAGCAAUUGGUGGUAUUAAUGAGACUAAUGUCACAAAAGUGUUGUAUCAAUGCUCCAUUCCAGGACAGAAACUCGAUGGGGUUGCGGUGGUGUCGUGUAUUAUGGCCAAAGAAGAUGCCUAUAAGGCCACUGUGGAACUUCAGGAGCAGAUCAAUGGUAUUGUCCCCUGGAAGAAAGAUGGAAUGUCAAAAUUCGACACUUUCACGUACAAUAAUAGCCACCUCGAAAUACAAACUCAGAAAAUCCAGAAAGCAGGUGCCUUGGUUCAUCAUAUCACCAAUAACGUUGUGAAGAACUUUAGUGCUAACGUGACACUUGCAAUUGGAGCGUCUCCAAUUAUGUCUGAACUUGCAGAAGAAUAUGAAGAGUUUGCUCAGAAAAUCCCCAAUAUUUCGUUGGUAUUAAAUUUAGGAACCCCAACGGUUGAGAUGAUGCAGACUUUCAUCCAUGCAAUCACCACAUAUAACAAGUACGGAAAACAUGUCAUUUUUGAUCCGGUUGCUGCUGGUGCUACCAAUGCUCGUCUUGAGUGUAGCAGAGUCUUGCUUAACGCUGGACAAAUGUCUGUUAUCAAGGGGAAUGUGGGCGAAAUAUCAGCCAUUUUCAAGCUUACUUCAACGUAUGAAGUGGCGAAAAAUGAAGAGGUGCUUAUGCGUGGAGUUGACUCGAUUGCUAAUUUAAGUGAAGAAAGUAUUAGGAAUAUUGGAUAUGCGGUAUCGCAGGACUUCAAAUGUGUUGUGGUGAUUACGGGGCCAACUAAUCAUGUGAUAGACGCCGAAAGUGGGAGCUUCGCACAAGUACCAGGAGGAAACAAGUUGAUGGGGUUGAUCACAGGCUCAGGCUGCUCGUUGGGAAGUGCCAUUGGAUCCUUUGUAGCUGCAAAAGCCGAUUCCAGUGCAACGGAAAACCUCAAUCUUUUCGAGGCUGUUGUAGGGGCUGUGACUUUAUAUAACGCUGCAGGUAAGUUAGUGGGAACGAAAUGUUCUGCUCCUGGAGCAUUUGUUCCUGCGUUUGUUGAUUCCCUUUAUUUAAAAGCUAAUAAGUAG